AUGAAGUCAACUAUUCUAUUUUGUGUUUCUUUGACCAUUGUGAUGGCAUUGGUUCAGGCUGAUCCCAAUUUCCAUCAGUUGAUGCAGCAAUGUAUGCAGGAGACACAAGUGACUGAGGCAGACUUGAAGGAAUUCAUGGCUGCCGGCAUGCAGAGCAAUGCCAAGGAGAAUCUGAAAUGCUAUGCCAAAUGCUUAAUGGAGAAACAGGGUCAUAUGGCCAAUGGACAAUUCGAUGCCCAAGCUUUGCUCAACACCCUUAAGAAUGUGCCCCAAAUGAAGGAUAACAUGGAUGAAAUCACCUCCGGGGUCAAUGCCUGUAAGGAUAUAAAGGGAUCCAAUGACUGCGAUACCGCAUUCAAGAUUACCAUGUGCCUUAAGGAGCACAAGGCAGUCCCUGGACAUCAUAAGGCAUAAGGGCAGUAAGAGAUAAAACCAUGAUGGAUAUCUUUCCCCCUUCCGAACAACCAUCACUAAUUAGCAAAAAGGACACUUAGGG